AUGGGUCGUGUUCGUACCAAGACAGUGAAGAAGUCCUCACGUCAGGUCAUUGAGAGGUACUACUCUAAAAUGACCUUGGAUUUCCACACCAACAAGAAGAUCUUGGAAGAGGUUGCUAUCAUCCCCUCAAAGCGGCUCCGCAACAAGAUUGCUGGGUUCUCCACCCAUCUAAUGAAGCGUAUUCAGAAGGGACCAGUUCGUGGCAUCUCAUUGAAACUACAAGAGGAAGAGCGUGAGCGUCGCAUGGAUUUCGUGCCUGAGGAGUCAGCAAUAAAGACAAGUGAGAUCAAGGUUGACAAAGAGACCAUUGACAUGCUUGCUGCUCUUGGUAUGUCAGACUUUCCUGGGCUUGUUGAAGUUGAGCCUCAGCCUAUGGUUCCCACCACAGGCUUCGGUAGAGGAGGUGGUGCUAGGAGGUUCUUGAGUUAA